AUGGCUGCUAAGACCUUUACCCUCGCUGGGAAAGGCCUCAAGCUUGACACAAAAGAACAUCUUGACCAGCAUGUUGCCCCUCUUGUCGAAUCCUCUGCCAUUACCCAUAUCGAUCUCUCUGGGAACACUCUCGGUGUCUCAGCCUGCGAUGCUUUAGCCCCCAUACUCUCGUCCAAGGCAACACUCGAAAGCGCAGAUCUUCAUGACAUCUUCACCUCUCGACUACUCGAAGAGAUCCCCCCCGCGCUUUCUUCGCUGUUGACAGCGUUACUAGAAUGUCCAAACCUUCAUACCAUAGAUCUGAGUGACAAUGCAUUUGGACUCAAUACCAAAGACCCUCUCGUCGACUUUCUCUCCAAGCAUACUCCAUUGAAGCAUCUCAUCCUUAACAACAAUGGAAUGGGUCCUAUUGCGGGGACUGCAAUCGCCGACGCCCUAACGACUUUGGCCGAACGAAAAGCCGAGGCCAGAAAAUCGGGCAAGGAUGUCCCUGACUUGGAAAGCAUCGUCUGUGGGCGGAACAGACUGGAGAAUGGAAGUAUGGCAGCCUGGGCCAAAGCCUAUGAAGCACACAAAGCAGGUAUAAAGAGUGUGAAAAUGACACAGAAUGGCAUCCGACCGGAGGGCAUAUCACAUUUAAUUUCGUCAGGUCUGUCCGCUUGCAGUCGCCUCGAGGUUUUGGAUCUUCAAGACAACACGUUCACUCUAAAGGGAUCCCAGACACUGUCCAGGGCGUUGAACGGAUGGUCAAACUUGAAAGAAUUGGGCGUCGGUGAUUCGCUGUUGGGCGCCAGAGGCGCAAUCAAGGUCUUCGAGGCACUUGGAGCAGGCAACAACAAAAAGGUCGAAAUACUGAGACUGCAAUUCAAUGACAUCAACCCCGCAGGUGUUAAAGCACUUCUCCACGCAGCAAAAGGCGGCGGCUUGUCCGAAUUACGGAGGGUUGAGUUGAACGGCAAUAAAUUUGAGGAGGAAGAUCCGUCUGUAGAAGAUCUUGCAGCACUGCUGAGUGAGCGGAAAGACGAUAAGGGUGGAGACGGUGAUCCGGAUGAUCACUGGGGACUCGACGAGCUUGACGAGCUGGAAGGAGAAGACAGCGACAAGGAGGAAGUGGCUGAAGAGGAGGACGAGGAAGAAGAAGUCCGAGAGAAAGUAGUAAAAGAUGCUGACGAGGCUGAGAACGAGCCAGUGACGCAGAAGAAAGACCAGGAGGUCGAUGACCUAGCCAAAGCGCUGGACAAAGUUCUUUGA